CAGAUCAUCUCAACGUCCAACAUUUGUUUUCUUUAGUGUUCUCGUCGUACUGAUCGCAAUUAUUUGAUUGUUACCGAAUCACUUUUAAUCUGGAUAAUUGGCGAUAAUGCGCAGUUCAUCUCAUGUUCUUAUUUGAAGAUGAGUCUCAAAAGUGUUACUGUUGUUCGAAGCAGCACAAGCUUGCUACAAGCUCGUGCACUUCAUUCUGGACUUCCCUUGAACGGUGUAAUCCGGGAUGCUCUGAGAAAAGCUCGAGAGCUCGCCAACGCGACCAAAGAGAAAACGGAGGAUGUCGACAAAAUCAUGAGGAAUAAGGUAAUUCAGUAUUAG